ACCACAGAUACACCACAAGUUUUGAUUCCAUGAAAUAAAACCUAACAAGCUUAAAAACAGUCACUAAAGCUCUAUCUGUUGUUUGAAAUCCACAAACAAUGGAAAAAGAAAAAAAGAAAAAACUUUAAUUUUGUAAACCACUCCCACUCAAGCAACCCUCAUGGCCAAAGGGGUUUGGCCAAAAUUGUGCAAACACUAUAAGAGAGAGGUGACGUCCAGGUGGAGCAUCACACAGGUGAGGCAGUCAGAUUCUCAUGUCUCCACCCUCUUCUGCCUGAGGAUACUUUUGGCUGCAGCAGACGCGGGAGGAGCGCACACCUCUGACUUCAUAAGAUUACACUUUUGGCAUGCUGGCAAAAAUAGAGACGAUGGCUUAUGUGACCGAGAUCAGGCUGAGCGGAGGUCGCGGGGCCUGGAGCGGAGUGGCUCCCUCCUCCUGCCCCGAAGUGGACCUGGAGGUCAUCGAGGAGUACCUGCAGGAGCACUCGCUGGAGGUCCAGCCUGCGCACGCACCCACCUCACCUCCGACCACUGUGGGGCAACAAACACACUUCCACCAGAGCACCAGGAUCAUAGAGAACAGCUGGUCAGGUCAGCAUGCGUAUCAGUGGCACAGUGGCCCUCACACUCCCAACGAGGACUAUGAAGAGCAAGCCCUGCCUCCAACCUGGCCUAGUUCUCAUGACAACCAAUGGGACCACAUCGCUUCGUAUUCCUACGAGACGCCUGCAUACAUUGACUCAGACUCGUUGUCCAGUAGCUCCCAGUACCAAGAGUACCGGGACUCCCCGUCACCAUCGUCUGACAGAGGAGGCAGGAAGGACAGAGACUCCCUGCCUCUUGUCCCACUUUCAGGAAAGAGGAAGGAGCGAUUGUUCCAGUUCCUUUUCGAGAUGCUCCAGACUCCAUCGAUGCGGAGCUGCAUCUGGUGGGUGCAGUCCUCCUCUGGCACGUUCCAGUUCUCCUCCCAGAACAAGGAGCGCCUGGCGCAGCUGUGGGGCCGGCGCAAGGGCAAUCGCAAGACCAUGACCUACCAGAAGAUGGCACGGGCGCUGAGGAACUACAACCGCACCGGCGAGAUACAGAAGGUGAAGCGGAAGCUCACGUAUCGGUUCGAUGAGAAGACGCUGAGAGGCCUACAAGGAGACUCUAAUACAGUGUAGGAAGCAUGAUGGAGAGUGUAUAUAAGUAUAGAAAUAAAAUGAGCACAAAGGAUUUUCAGAUGGUCGUCCCAUUAAAGUCCUUUCUGCUGAUUCUAAUUCUCUGGCAUGUAACUGAAUACUGAGUAUUUCUAUAAGCCAGCAGAUGCAACACUGCAGGUCAGAAAAAUUACGUAAACCUAAAGGGUUAUCACAUAACAUCUACUUUAUAAGUAGAACUUAACUUGUUCUUAAAAUAAAAUGUGUGGUUUUCUGUUUUGUGUGAUUCUGUAUUGCAGAUAUUCAGCAGAUAAAAGAUUUUUAUAGACUUAUAGACAAAAUUAGGUUGUGUAAACAUGAUCUGUUUGUGACUAAACAUCAUUUUUAAGAUGAAAUAAAUGAAAAUAUUUUACAAUACCCAAUAUAU